AGUAACAACAGUAGGGCGUUGAGGUUCCUCGCUUCACUCCCCCGCCAUGUUCUCCUGAGAGAGGAUCUGCUCGCUUCGACCAGCGAAGCUUCGGCUCCGGCCGAGGCUCAGCAGUCCCAUCCCUCCUUCCCCGGUUUUUUGUUUUUGUUUUCCCUCCCCCUUGCUCCUCCCUGCCCUUGCGCUGCUGCGCAUAUAUUCUAAGCCUUCACCAUGGUGACUACCACAGCGCCUUCGCCCUUUCUAGCCCGGGUGUCAGACGGUACUGAGGACCAUCGUCCGUUUCCUACGUCCCUUUUUCAACGACUCCUGCGGGCAGACUACAGCAGCGAAAGCCCCCAACCCGGCUGCUGUCCGGGACUAGGACCAAACGGUAGCGCAAGACCAUCGCUGAAGAGAGUCAGGCGACGAAGAGGGAAGAUCCGUUCUGCUCCCUCUGGCCUCUUACAGUGUCGCUGCUACCAGCAAUUCCAGCAACACCGCGCCGGCUUGGGACGAAGGAACGCCGCGCAAGGGACGCGCAACCGCUGCGAAGUCUCCACCGCUUCGUCAGACUCUGGAUUAGAAACGGGACGUUCCGGCGAGGAAGCUCCGGCGCCUUCGCCAAGAACGACCCCGGUCGUUUCAAACAAGCCCUUCAGAAAAGAGUUGUUCAAAAACAGGAUUGGAAAAUCUGAGAAGAUUCCGCUUCCUUACAAUCAGCCUGUUCACAAUAUGCAUCUAUCUGACCAAUCAAAGAGUAACAGACAGAGGAGUAAAUGUAACAUACCACUAAAUAAAUUUCCAUCUACAAAAAAGUGUGAAAAUACAUUUUGGCAAGAAUCAUUAUCAUCUGAACUCAUUAAAAGGCAGGAGAAAAAGCCUUUGAAAAAUACAGAAAAUUUUAAAGCAAAGAAAUCUAUUUUUGUGACAGAAGCUAACCAAAAAGAAAGUUACGCUGGGGCAAAAUUUAGUGAUCCUCCUUCACCCAGUGUCCUUCCAAAGCCUCCCAGUCACUGGGUUGGGAGCACUGUUGAAUUUUCUGACCAAAACAGGAAGAUGAUGGCAGUCCAUUUAAAGACACUCUUAAAAGUUCAAGCAUAGCUUCUGGAUACUGACAAAGAACAUGCCAGCAAUCUGAAUCCAGCCUUGUUACAUUUUGAUGUUCAAAGGACUGACUAGUCUUAAAAACAGAAACCUGUAUUCUAAUUUUUUAUGGAUAUGUAAAUAAUGUAUAUCAUGUAAUGUGUAUAUUCAUAUUUUGAGGUACAUUUUAGUUUUGUUAUGAAAGGAUGUAUUUUACAUUGCCCAUGCGGUAGAUGGCUUUUGUACAUAAUAAUGGACAUCUUUUUAAAAUGUGUUUGACACAUGGAAAGAUCUGUCAACAUUUUGCACAAGGUAUUAAGAUUUUUCAAAGGAAAAAAAUCUAUUACUUUUCAAAUGGAAAUGUGAAAGCAUUACUGUUGCACUACUGGAAAAAAUUUUACAGUCCAUGGCACACAAUGUUUUAUUGAAAAAUAAGUUUUCAGAAAGAUGUGAAUUUGUUUGAAAACAAUAUAUGGAGUUAAAUUCAAUUACACCAUACAAGCUUCCAUACAAACUUUGGCAUUUGACACCUGAAAUGUAGCACUUAUUAUCUAACAUAGGUAACAGUGCUAUCUACCAGAAAUAAUUGGCUACUUUUAAAAAAAAUUAAAUAAAAAAAUUUGGCCUCCCCCUUA